AUGGCUCAACAACCGCCACCCUCUCAAUUGGCAAAUCUUUUGCGAAAACCGGAACCACCUAAACAAAUGACAGAAGAGCAAAUGCAAACUGUUUUCAAGGAUAUGGUUCAGCGAAGCAAUACAUGUGAGUUUCAUAUUUUAAAAUCUCACGAAAAUUCAAUUUCGAUUUCAUCAGCCAAUUUUUUGUUUCAAGAAAAGUGUUUAUCAGUCUUGAUUUACAACAUACCAUUCUAUACAUAUGAUGUUCUUUUUUUCAAUUCUCGAAAAAAAAGUUCAAUAUAAAAACGAACAUUCAAAAAAUUCCAGGUCUUUAUCUCAUCAAAAAAUUGCGAUCGAGAAUGCAGAAGACCUAUUGUAUUGUCACAUCAUAUCCGCGAAAUGUAAAUCCGACGAACAAUCCGAAAUUUCAAGCACAAUUUGCUGAAGGGAAUAAAAUUGUCAAGGAGACUUAUCAAUAUUUAUGCACACAAAUCAACAAAUUUCCAAGGGAAAUGCCAAGGACCGAAAACCUUCGAAAUAUGAUUGUUCUUUAUCCAACUGCUGCUGAAAAAGCAAUUGAGAGAGAAGAAUAUUUGGGUAGUUUCAAUGAUGCAACUUAUCAACAUGAUGUGAAUUUGGUGAGUUUUUGUAGAGAAUUCGGAAAAUCUUAUGAACUGUUUGAAUUGAAAAAUAUUUCAUGAAGAGCCAUCACUCCCCAACUUGAUUGAUCAACACUACAGUGGUCCACAAAAUUAUACGGUCAACAUGAAAAAUUCCAAAAAAUAAAAAAUCCGGAAAGCAUUGAAUUUCUAAGUUCAUGAGGCUAAAAUGGGAUCAAAAAGUUCAAUUAUUGGUCCGAAAACAAAAUUGGAAUUCAUGGUGAAAAAAUGAAAAAAAUCGAAAAAUCUCAUUUUUAGGUUUUUUCCAAUCCACAAAAUGAUACGGUCAACCAUCAUUUUUCUUUAAUUUUCCAGUUUUUUGAUUGAAUUUCAAUGUGAUUAAGGCUAAAAUGGUGAAUUUCGGUGAUUUUAGAUGUUCCUCGAAAAAAUUAGCAUACCGUUUUAGGCUACGGGGUCCAAAAGGACCAAAUCAGGGAAACGCCUUCAGAGUGCAAAAAUCUCACAAAUUUUGAAAAAUUUCAAAGUUCUGUCGACUGAUUCGUCGCAAAAAAGUUAAAUGUAGCUUUGCUAAACACCGUUGACAAUUUUUCUUCCAAAAAUAAAUGAAAGUUGUGAAAAAUCAAACAUUUUCAUACCUCGCUUCAAUGAAAAAUGUGAACUUUCGAUCUUUUCCGUGGAAUUGAAAGCCCCAUGGCACGAGAUUUUGAAGUUGAUUCAUCGAACACUUCAGAACACCCAUCAGGUAUGCCCACUGACACAUGAUAAGUGCCAUGGGGCCUUCAAUUCCAGGAGAAAGUUCCGAAAUUUAAUUUUUUUUAUUGAGUCGAGGUAUGAAAAUGUUUGAUUUUUCACAACUUUCAUUUAUUUUUGGAAGAAAAAUUGUCAACGGUGUUUAGCAAAGCUACAUUUAACUUUUUUGCGACGAAUCAGUCGACAGAACUUUGAAAUUUUUCAAAAUUUGUGAGAUUUUUGCACUCUGAAGGCGUUUCCCUGAUUUGGUCCUUUUUGGACCCCGUAGCCUAAAACGGUAUGCUAAUUUUUUCGAGGAACAUCUAAAAUCACCGAAAUUCACCAUUUUAGCCUUAAUCACAUUGAAAUUCAAUCAAAAAACUGGAAAAUUAAAGAAAAAUGAUGGUUGACCGUAUCAUUUUGUGGAUUGGAAAAAACCUAAAAAUGAGAUUUUUCGAUUUUUUUCAUUUUUUCACCAUGAAUUCCAAUUUUGUUUUCGGACCAAUAAUUGAACUUUUUGAUCCCAUUUUAGCCUCAUGAACUUAGAAAUUCAAUGCUUUCCGGAUUUUUUAUUUUUUGGAAUUUUUCAUGUUGACCGUAUAAUUUUGUGGACCACUGUAUUUACUAAAACUUAUUUUUUCUUUCUUUCCCACAUAAUCAAAUUUUCCAGCAAUAUGGAUAUUAUUUGUCGGAGUUCAACAAAACUCCCCAUCGUGCUCAACAAACUCACCGCAUUUCGCCAUCAAAAAUCCAAGACAUCAAUUUUGGAAAAAGCGAUGCUGAUGGUCAUCGUAUAUUUCGCAACGCGUUGGCUGGUAUUCACAAAGAGAUUUCACAAAAAUCACUUGGAAUUGUUGCUCAAACAUUGCUCAGAACUUCAACUUCGACUGUUGUUGAGGUUGGUUUUUUUCUGUUUUUGAAAAAACUCAAACUUUUUUUGCAGUUCAAGUUUACUAGUGGUCCGAAAAGUCGGAAAGAUUAUGAGAAUGUAUAUAACUUUAAAUUUUUGAUUAUUGAAAAAUUGGGCAUCAUCACUUAUAUCAAUAUUUUUGCGCCAAAUGAAGACUGGCGUAUUAUUGAUGACGCGACAUCUGACAAACUGGUAAGAACAUUUCAAAAUUUACAUAACUACAUAGUAGAUCACAGCAAAACAAUAUUUUUAGAUCGAUCCAGUCGGUCUUUCUCGCUACAAAAUCUACAGAGAAUUGACUCAACAAGCGAAUUACCAUUUGCUUUUGAAUUUUUCUAAUUUGACCAAAUGGACUUCGCAAAACUUGGUUCAAUUUAUUGUAUUGUUUGGAAAAAUUCGAGAAGUUUUUGGAGUCAAAUGCAGAAUUUGCAAGUACGUUUUUUUUCAAUAAAAGUUUCAAAAUAAUCAAAUUUUUGUUUUCAGGAAUAUCUUGCGCGAUUUCCAACCGCCAACAGUUUUCGAAUUGCGCACACCACAUCUUGCCAAACAUCAAUACUGCGAAUAA